AUGGAACAAAAACCCAUAACAUUGAGCGUCAAAAUCACCACGGAUACACAUGUCUACUCGUUAACGUCCCCGAUGAAAUUCAAGCUUAUUUUUAAAAAGACCACUAGUAAUAAAAAAACGCAAAUUGUUAUCAAGACGAAAUCUCAAGAUCAGAAGCACGAUAAACCAGACCAAAUGCACUUGUCCGGGUCGCCUGGAUCUAAGGUAAAAUAUCAAAAGUAUGCAAUUAAUAAUUAUAUAUUAACAAUAGGUACCUAUAGUUAAUAUAACGUAUUUCAAUUGUGAUUAUUGUUAUUGUCACUUGUCAGGAGUUUUAUGUUUAAUUCAGAACACCUUUUAGGGGUGUUCAAGACAAUUUUACCCACGAAUAUUCCUUAGUGGUGAGCCAAGUUUAAUCCAGCUGGUUUCUAUCAAGUCUGGAUUGGGUGAGGGGAGACGUAUGUAUGAUAACCUAACCUAAAAAAAAUAAAUAAAUAGUAAUUUCCAAAAAAAAAAAAUUACCAGUGAUUUUCUUAGUGAUAAUUGUAUUCAUUCAAAUAAGUUUAAAUAUUAUGGUGAUUAAAUUAAUUAAAAUUUAGUAAUUAAUAAUAACAAAUUUAAUUAUUCAACUAAUUUGAUUAAAACACUAUUUACUUAUCAUCAUUAUCUUUAGAACGUUAGAUUCUAAGUAGAAGUCUAGAUCUAUUAAAAUUAUUUUUAUAUUAUAACAACAAUAAUAAUAUUAAUAAGAAAAAUAAUUUAACUUUUAUAAUAAUCAGAAGUUUUUUAUUAUAUAUUUAAUUAACAAUAGAUAAUAGUAUAUUAUAUUUUUUUUAACCUGUUUGUUGUUAUAUUUUAGAGCUGUAGGUUUUAUACUAUACUUAAGCUAUCUGUUGGGCAACUAUCUCUGAUUUUUAGAUUUAUAUUUUUACUCAUUUUAAUCUUAAAGGGAUAUUAUUAAGUUGUGGAAAUUAAACUAUAUUAAAUGUGUUAAUAGUACUAUUCUUUUCUUAAAAAGACUUGAUUGAUAUUUCAGGAAAGAUCAUUUAGUUCAAAACAAGAACAAGACAUCUUUGAAGAAUUAGAAUCAAUAUUAGUGUCAUUUGCCCUAUCAAGUGAAAACAGUAUCCAAGCUGAUAACAUUCAUCAAUUAGAAUCAUCUUUCCAAGCUGCAGGACCUAGUAAAUAUUGUUGCAAAAAAUUAAAUAAAGCCUUGUAAAAAAAAAAAAAUUGAUGAUUUUUUCAUUGAAAUAGGUGGUACCGUACACGGUUUAGGUCCGAAUGAACUAGGGUUAACAGUUGAAACGACCACUGAACAAGAAAUGUUGCAAAAACUAACCAAUAGUGCUAAUGACGUAGUUGCAGCUGAAACAACGUUACAGUAUUCACUACCAACUCAUGAUCGUAGUGCAAGACAAAAAAUUAUCAAAUCCUAUUUUAAGGCCAUAAUCAAAUCAUUUUGUGAUUCUUAUGUUAUGAUUGAUUCUUUUAUGUGUUUAGUAAAAGACCAUUCAUUUCAUGGAAAACCUGAAGAAAAGGAAUAUUUUUUAUCAUUGGCCUGUUCACAUGGUUAUUUUAGAUUAGUUGUGGUAAGUUUUAUUGAGUUUUGGAGUGUGUAUCAAAGACAAUAUUAUUAGCUUUAAUGAUAUAAGUGUUUUUUCUUUUGCAAAACAAUUUUUGUUUUUAAAAUGGUCAGAUUAGAUUAUUCCAUAAAUUAAAACUUGCAAAUUUUCCAUCAGACAGUAUUUUUUGAAACAAUUUUUCAUAAUUCACAACAGUUUGUUUUUGCAAAUGUAAAAAAAAAUAACAAAUGAUAUUACACCAGCCUUACUUUUGUUUAUUUCUGUAUUACUCUGGUCUGAAUAGAAAAACACUAAUAUCAGUGUUUUUUUGAUUGCAAUGAUAUUUUGUAAUUUUCAAUAUAUUAACUGAAUUAACUAAUAUCCUAUUCUUCAUAACAUCCCACCUACAACUGACAACUAUAGUCUACCCGAUGUAUUUUUGGAUUUUAAUAAUUUUUUAAUUAAAAUUCAUUAAUAUAAAUAGCAUAUAUCUGUAAAAAAUAACAAUUUAAUUUUCCAAUCCCUUUAAUAAUAAUUUAACUAAAUCAUUUGUUAGGUUUUAUUAGCAUUGAAGACCGAUGUUGAUUGUCGAAAUAUAAAUGACGACUGUACACCACUUAUGAAAGCCGCAUCUUCUGGUUUUGUAAAGAUUGUUGAGGUACUACUAGAGCAUGAUGCUAUGGUAAAUGCUUUAUCUUCCAAUGGUGAGUAUAUUCAUUUUAUUCAAAUUAUGAAAGGAUUUUUUAUAUAAAUUAUACAGGUAAAACAUCAUUGAUGUAUGCAUGUGCUGGAGGCCAUGUUGACACUGUAAAAUUACUUUUGAAUUAUGGAGCUAACGUACAAAAUCUCAAUGAAAGUGGAUAUACACCUCUUAUGGAAGCAGCCAGUGCUGGACGUAUUACGGUGGUGAAGGUAUGGAAAAAUAAUAAAAACCAUUUUUGUUUAGUAUCCCUACAUAAUAAUAUACAUUUCAUUGAUUAGAUUCUACUGGAACACGGAGCUGAUAUUAAUGAUCACUGCAAAAAAACCCAAGAAAGUGCAUUAACAUUAGCAUGCUCUAAAGGUCAUUUGGAAAUGGUUCGGUUAUUAUUAGAAGCUGGAGCUAAUCAAGUAAAUUGAAUCCAUUACAAUACACAUGGUUUUACAAAGAUGUUAGGUUUUUUGUUCUAUGUACAACUUUUCUACCAAAAAUCUUGUUCUAAUUUACAAGCGUAAUACUUCUUCUGCUAAUAAGUUAGGUCAUUUUAUGAUUUUCCUUAGACUUUUCCCAAUAAAUUGGAAAAACAAGAAAAUAUACAAAAAGUAGGUAUUAAAUUAAAUUCCUACCUAUUUUCCCAUUUCUUCUACGUUAUUCCUGGUUUUCCCAUGAUUUUUUCCCUAGUUUUUUCAAUUUAUUGAACAAAUUUCUGAGAAAAUCAAAAAAUUACCUCCACAGUCAAAUUUCUUUUCAGAAAAAGUGCUAUCAUUAUAAAUUAGAGCAAAUUUUCUAGUAGAAGAGUUGAUAAAAAAAAAUUGGUUUUUUGAAAUACAGAUAAGAUAAUGUUUAUUCUACUGUUUCCCAACAUAUUCUGUGACUAUUAAUAAUUUAUUAUUAACGAUUGAACGAUUCCUUGAGAUAAACAAUCAGAUAAUCAUUAUAAUAAGAAUCAGAUAAAAAUUAAAAACAAGUCUGAAAUUUAAAAAUUACUAAUUAUUUAUUUAGAAAUGAUAAGUAAAUUUUUCAAUUUUAUGUAAAAAAUAUUUUUAUAAAUAUUUUUCGUUAGUAACAAAAUAACAACAGUUAGUAAUAAUAUUUCAAAAAUGAUUGGAUGGGGGGGGCGAUCGCUUCUCUACAACAGUGACCCAUCCACGUGUAAAGUUGCCCGGCAUUUUUUUUUUUAAAUUCGGAGUUUAUUAAUAUUGUGUAUUCUUUUUUAAUGUCUGUAAAUAACUAUUCAUUGCUAAGAUUAAAAUUGGUGAUCUGAAAAUAAUAGCAAUUUAUUUUUUCAAUAUCUUAAUAAGGAAGCCAGUGUUGAUGAUAGGGGUAUAAAUAGAGAUUGUACACCUCUUAUGGAAGCUGCAUUAUCUGGCUUUGUAGAGAUUGUUGAGCUAUUACUAGCAAAUGGUGCCGUAGUAAAUUACAAAACAUCCAUUGGUGAGUAUAUCUAUUGUAUGUAAAUUAAAUAGUUUAAUAUUUUUCCAUAUAAAUUAUACAGGUAGAACACCAUUAAUGAAUGCAUGUGCUGGAGGCAAUGUUGAAACUGUAAAAUUACUUUUGAAAUGUGGAGCAAAUUUGAACGAUCAGACUGUAAAUGGAUAUACACCUAUAAUGGAAGCAAUCCUUAAUGGGCAUGUUAAAGUGGUAAAAGUAUGGCAAAAGAAUAAAAUAUAACCAUUUUUGUUCAAUAUCCCUAUAUAAUAAUAUACACUUUAUUGAUUAGAUUUUACAAAAACAAGGAGCUGAUAUUAGUAAACAAUGCAAAAGAUGCCUGGAAAGCAUAUUAUUAUUAAUAUGCUCUAAGGGUCAUUUUGAAAUGGUUAGGAUUUUAUUGGCUGCUGGAGUUCAAGUAAAUAAGGUAAAUUGAAUCCAUUACAAUACAUAUUUUUUUUUUUUUUAGAUUUAGAGCAUAGUGAGUUUUAAUAUGGUGUUUUUUUUUGUCUGUAAAUAACUUUUUGAAAAGUUUUUGAUUUUCUUAAUAGUUUUUAUAAUAAUUGAGAUAAACCAAAAGACGAAAAAUGAAAACUAAGAAUUUAUGACUCUAGAACUAAUUUAUUUUAAAUUUUUACGGCUUAGAUUGUAAACAUGGUUAAAAUUUUAAAAUAUUUUAGCCAUAUUUGAGCUUUGUUUGAAGGUUUGAAUUUUUAUUUGGUAGGUAUUCUGUGGAUAAAAUUGUUACACUAAAUAAAAAUGUUUGAAAAUUUAACACUAUGUUUAUUGUAAGUGGUAUUUAGUGGUAAAAAAAAAAAUUGAUUAUUAUGUAGUAUCGUUUUUUUUUUUAUAAUAAGUUUUAAAAUCAAAUUUUAAUGAACAUCGUAAAUAUUAUUCCUUUUAAAACACUUAUAACCGAACUUCGCUCGAAUCGUUUUUCGUUAUCUAUUGUUUAUUGUUAGUAACAUAUAUAAAUUAAAUAACUUUAUGAAUUCCACCUUCCCAACUACCCACCUACAACUGUAACCGCGUAUCACCCUAUAUUUUUUUUUCUCUAAACACCUUAUAAAUGUAUUUUAAUGUAUGAUCGAUAAUAAUCUCUCUACUAUUCUGUAUUUUUCUUAUUUUAUUUGUUAUGAAAUUAUUAUCACUACUGUACUAUAAAUUGUUCUAAAGAGUUCUUGCGGGUUUAUAAAUAAAAUAAAAGAAAACAAUAAUUUUUUUAAAUCAUUUGUUAGGUUUUACCCGCAAAAGAAGCCAAUGUUAAAGAUAGUGGAGACAGUAUCAAGAAAAAUGUAAGAAUUUUUUCACCACUUGCAGAAGCGGUAUCAUCUGGCCGUAUAGAGAUGGUUGAGUUAUUAUUAGAGUAUGGUGCCUCAGUAAAUUCUUCAACAGCCACUGGUGAGUAUAUUCAUCUUGUGCAAAUUAAAUAGUUUAAUAUUCUUUCAUAUCAAUUAUACAGGCAAAACACCAUUAAUGAUUGCAUGUUCUCGAGGCUAUGUUGAAAUUGUAAAAUUACUUUUGAAACAUGGAGCCGAUGUAGAAGAUCUCAAUAAAAAUGAAUUUAUAUAUCAAAUGGAAGAAGUCUGUACAGGGCACACUACGUUGGAAAAAGUAUGGAGAAAGAAUAAAAAAUUAUUUUCAGUAUACCUAUACAAUAAUAUACAUUUUAUUGAUUAGAUUCAACAUGAACACGGAGAUGAUGUUAAUGCUAAACAAGCGCAUUAA